CAAUAGCACGACUUUACGAUUGUAUAAUAUAACCCGCCAGAAUUCAAUCGGCCUCGUCAUAUUAGCAGCCUAAACAAGGCAGCUGAAGAAAGCGGUUGCCCUCACUUACGUUCGGGCUUCAGCUCCAAGGCAUUCAUUGACUGUGCCCAAACUUAUUCGGCAUAUCUGGUUCAAGGGCCUCAAUCCAUAUUGAGGACUGCCGGAACUCCCCUGCAUACCAGGACCUCUCUCACCAUUCAACUCAUACUCUUCUGGCCAAUCUCCAAUCAUCAACCCCUCUCCAAAUAUCUCAUCUAAAGCCAUCAGCUCUCUCCAAAAUGCCAAUCACAGGCGUCUAUUUCAUCCCCACCACCCCAAACGCAACAACAACCCUCACAACUCUAACAGAGCGCCUCCGCGCCUCCUUCACAGAUGAAGACCUCGCCCCUAUCGGCCGGUGGUUCCUAGACCACAAACUCAUGCGCGACACCCCAGGUCUCCUCCCAGCAUCAUCCACCCAGGGCCAACGCCCCACGAAACCACGCUACAUGCAACUCCUCUCAUUAAGCCACUACCCAACCCACGGCUUCAUCUACACCUCCGAGCCAACCGAGAAGCCCGUCCACCCGCCCAGCACGGGUUUGCCCGCAUCAGCGGCCUCGCCAAUUACUAGCGCCGCGUCUCCAGGCCAAGGCUCCGAUGUAUCACAGGGCGCGAGUACGGCUGAAACGCCGAUGGUUAUGACUACCGUGCCGCCGCCGGCGUAUAAGACGCUCUUCCAGCAUUUCACGUACGCGUGCCAGCCAUUCUGGUGCCACCGGUUGACGGUCACGGUGCCCAACGGGGUAGUCUACGACGUAGGUGAUUUCCGGGUGCGAAUGGGUGAUGUACGGCAGACGGUCCCGACUGUGCGGGCGCGCGGGACGAUCGUCGAGAUUGAAUGGAGGGGCCCUUCGGUGGUGGAUUCGCUUUCUGGCGUGCAGGACCGGCGAACGAUGCCCGGAACUGGUGAGGAUGCGGACUCGGGCAUUGAUGUGUCGUUUUGUGCGCUUGAGGAGGCGGAUGUUGAUGCCGAGUAUGUGGCGACUGCGUCUUUGAUUCGGGAAUUUUGGGGCCGGUUGGGGAUUGCGGGGGCUAAGGAGGCCAUUCUUGUUCCUGGUGUUGGGAAGGAAAUUAAGGAGAAGUUAGGAAAAGCGAGGAAAGAGAAGAAAGAUGGUGAAGGCAAGGCUAAGAAUGAGCUUGGAAUCUUGGCUGGAUUUGGGAGUAUGCCGUUUGAGGAUGAUGUUGAUCCUACGGCCGGAACGGAUGCUGCCAGGCAGUAUAUGGAGGUUUUGAGGUUUAAUCGGUAGAGCAGAGUAGGGGCAUAGAUACUUUAUUAGCCUGCUUUUAGAUGAUUAGAGGGACUUGCCGAGACCAGCAAUACAUUCCCUUGAUUGGCUGCCGC